AUGAGGAAAGACAAGCGACGUGACGACUUGAGGAUCAUUGUGAAAGGCUCUGAAAACGGACAGAUCGGUUUCAAAGAAAACUUUUUGGUCUUUGGACAAGACCUGAAUACUCGCCAAAUGACAGGUUCUUAUAAUAAGUUUAUUCGCCCUGUCAUAGACCACAAUGUACCUGUAAUUUUGGAAACAAGACUAAACCUUGUAGCCAUUUUGGAUGUUAACGCUGUAGAGGAGAAACUCACGACCACUGCUUCUUUAGUUCUAAAAUGGAAAGAUGAGAACCUUUCUUGGGAUCCAGAUGAUUACGGCGGUGUAGAAGAGCUGUUGAUACCCCAAACCGAAAUGUGGACACCUGACAUGGCUUUGGACAACAAUUUCAACAAGAUGAAGGGAUUAGGAGAUGGCUUUGUUUUAAUCAACGUAAAAUAUGAUGGAUCUGUUUACUGGGAACCUUAUGAAGUGUUUGUUACCAAAUGUGCAAUGAACAUCGAGAAUUUUCCCUUUGAUAUUCAAAUCUGUCAUUUAAAUGUAGGCGUCUGGACCAAUGAAAUCGACAAGGUAUUGGUGAGGCUUGAUCAAGAUGAAAUAAGUUACGAAUAUUUUCAAGAAAACUCGGAAUGGGAUAUAAUUGGACAGGAAACCCAAAUGUUCCAAACGACAACUAGAAACUCUAUGAUAGAAUUUUCCCUCAAAAUCAAGCGAAAACCCCAAUACUACCUGUACAACAUCGUCGCUCCUAUUCUUAUGCUGUCCAUAUUAGCUGUAUUUACCUUUGCGAUUCCAGUGGAAAGUGGUGAAAAACUGGGAUUCUGCAUGACAGUAUACUUGGCAUUCGCUGUGUUUCUCACAAUCAUAAGUUCUUCACUUCCUGUCUCGUCCGUUAUGUCUCUACUUGGAAAGUAUCUUCUAUUUCUCUUAAUCAUUGGAACGCUGAUUGUGAUGAUUUGCACACUUGAGAUUCGAAUCCACUUCAGACGUAACUCUCGUAGAAUACCAGGCUGUGUGCAAGGUCUGAUUAUCUACCAUCAGAACACCAUCAGCUUCCCAAUCAAACGAGGCCAUAACCCCUUCAGCUGGAAUAGUCUUUUCUGGCAGGGUCAACCAUGGUGCUUCCACUGCUCAGACUGCUGUUUGGCCUCUGGGGGAAUUGAUGGACAAACGUUACCAGGAUCUGCCUCCAAAAGUUUCAGAUUAGCACGCGACAAAGUUCGCCUAGUGUGCAUUUGA